UCCGCGCGCCUCUUUGGCAGCUGGUCACAUGGUGAGGGUGGGGGUGAGGGGCACUCUCUAGUGUGCGGCCUGUGUCUAUGGUCUGGCCGGUGGUGUCCAGCUGUCCCGGACCCCGCUCAGGUGUAUGGCGCCCCAGGAACCGGUCCCGGGGCUCCGAUAACGGGCCCCACCAGGCGUGCGAGUCACUCCUGCUCCAAGAAUGGCUACCUCUCGAUACGAGCCCGUGGCUGAAAUUGGCGUCGGUGCCUAUGGGACGGUGUACAAGGCCCGUGAUCCUCACAGCGGCCACUUUGUGGCCCUCAAGAGUGUCCGAGUCCCCAAUGGAGGAGGAGCUGGAGGGGGCCUUCCUAUCAGCACAGUUCGAGAAGUGGCCUUACUGAGGAGGCUGGAGGCUUUUGAGCACCCUAAUGUUGUUCGGCUUAUGGACGUCUGUGCCACUUCCCGAACUGACCGAGAAAUCAAGGUAACCCUAGUGUUUGAACAUAUAGACCAAGACCUAAGGACAUAUCUGGACAAGGCACCUCCACCAGGCUUGCCAGUGGAGACCAUCAAGGAUCUGAUGCGCCAGUUUCUAAGAGGUCUAGAUUUCCUUCAUGCCAAUUGCAUCGUCCACCGAGACCUAAAGCCAGAAAACAUUCUGGUGACCAGUGGUGGAACAGUCAAACUGGCUGACUUUGGCCUGGCCAGGAUCUACAGCUAUCAGAUGGCCCUUACUCCUGUGGUUGUUACACUUUGGUACCGUGCUCCUGAAGUUCUUCUUCAGUCUACUUAUGCAACACCUGUGGACAUGUGGAGUGUUGGCUGUAUCUUUGCAGAGAUGUUCCGUCGAAAGCCUCUCUUCUGUGGAAACUCUGAAGCUGACCAGUUGGGCAAAAUCUUUGAUCUAAUUGGGCUGCCCCCGGAGGAUGACUGGCCCGGAGAUGUAUCUCUACCCCGAGGAGCUUUUUCUCCCAGAGGGCCUCGCCCAGUACAGUCGGUGGUGCCAGAGAUGGAAGAAUCUGGAGCGCAGUUGCUGCUGGAAAUGCUGGCUUUUAACCCACACAAGCGAAUAUCUGCCUUCCGAGCCCUGCAGCAUUCUUAUCUACAUAAGGAAGAAGGUGAUCCAGAAUGAACAGUCAAGAGCUGCCAUUUACUCCCUUCUAGACACUUGAGUGGAGAGAAUCCCACAGAGAAGCCAAGACCUCUGCCUUCCUGUGAAGCUGUGGAGGUUCCUCCAGCUUUUUACAGAGAAUACUUUGUUGCCUUAAUGAUAUUCUCCACAUUCCUCCUUUUGAGGCUUAUCCCCCCCUCCUUUACAUUUCUCUACACUAAGGGGUAUAUCCCUUCCCUUCUCCCUCUCUAUCUUGAUAUGAGACCUUUUUUUAUAUAGCAAAUGAGACUAAAGAAAUAUGGUCUAUUUUUU